CUGUCGCCGCAGUCACAUGAUAUUACUUCCUGGGUCACGUUCGCUUGUACAGCGGCCAAUUUUUUGCAGGCAAUAACAAAGGGAAUCCGCCAAAAGAAAUACUAUUGAAGGAGAAACGGCUUUAACUGAUAAACAAGGAUAUAGCUAGCCAAGUCAAUUAAAUAAAUAGAUACACAUUUUCGGCAAUAUCUUGAUAGAUUGUGGCAACGUUUUCGGUUGAUAACAGAACGAGGACAGCGAUCUUGCUAUGAUGUGAGCUUUCUAGAUAGGUUACAGUUGUGUUAUAUUUGGCAAUACAUCUUAAACUGACAUCUAUUAAUAACCGGUUAGUUAGACGAUGACACUCCUGAUACAGUCAUAACAUCUGAACUGUUAUUUUGUUGUUUUAAGCUAGGGAGGUGCUGUGGCUUGCUACUGCUAGUUAGCUAGCUAACCAAGUCAGCAGAAAAUAACUAGCUAGAUAGCCAACAGCCUGUUUCCAGUUAUUUCAGAGGCUAACUGUUAGCCUAGUGUCAGUAGAUAGGUUUUAUAUUUGAACAGAGUAGGCAGGGCAUACACAAUUUCUGUAAAAAAAUGUCAAAAUACACAAGUUUUUCGGAACCAGGCGACGCCCACAACCCAUUCCAGGACCCUGCAGUGACUCAACACAGCAGCAACACUGAGUAUGCCACACUGGAUCUUUACAACCCAUUUGACAAUAAAAAUGGGCCCCCACCACCAGCCUAUGCAGCCACCUCCCCAUCUGCCCCCCAACCUGUUGUUCCUGCAACAACCCCACCCAGCAGGACUACGCCUACAGAGCCCCGCAACUAUGGCACCUCCUUCACCCCCCAGCAGACAGCGGUCAACGCCACCACAGCAGAACUCCUGAAGAAGCAGGAAGAGCUGGAGAAGAAAGCCCGUGAGCUGGAGAGGAGGGAGAGGGAGCUGAACUCAUACGCCCUUGGCCCUGGAGCCACUCGUCAGAAUAACUGGCCUCCCCUGCCCACUUUCUGCCCUGUGGGACCCUGCUUCUACCAAGACAUCAACAUGGAGAUCAGCCAGAGCUUCCAACGCACUGUCUCUAUCAUGUAUUACUACUGGAUGUUCACUGCCUGCACACUGGCAUUUAACUUAAUUUCCUGCCUGAGUUUGUUCUGUGUGGACACUUCUGGUGGUGUUGGGCUGGGCCUCGCCAUCCUCUGGGUCCUCCUCUUCACCCCCUGCUCCUUCGUCUGUUGGUACAGGCCUGUGUACAAAGCCUUCAGGAGUGACAGUUCCUUCAACUUCUUCGCCUUCUUCUUCAUUUUUUUCAUCCAAGUGAUUGUCUAUGUCAUCAUGACCAUUGGCAUUCCUGGAUGGGGUUUCAGCGGCUGGAUAGUGAGUCUGGCUGCUCUGAAGACUAGCGUGCCUGUUGGUGUGAUCAUGAUGCUCAAUGCCAUCCUAUUCACUGCCCAGGCUGCCAUUGGGGUCGUCAUGCUCAAGAGGGUCCACUCUCUGUACAGGCAGACCGGUGCCAGCUUCGUGAAGGCUCAGGCUGAGUUUGCCACUGGAGUGAUGUCCAAUCAGGCUGUACGCCAGGCAGCUGCCAACGCUACUGCUUCUGCUGCCCAGGGGGCUUUUACUGGGGUGGCUCGAUAGAGGGAAGGCAGGCAAGUAGAGCAAGGGAGCUGGUAGGGAGAGAGGGGUAGGUACAGUUGAAGUUGAAAGUUUACAUACACCUUAGCCAAAUACAUUUAAACUCAGUUUUUCACGAUUCCUGACAUUUAAUCCAAGUAAAAAAUUCCCUGUUUUAUGUCAGUUAGGAUCACCACUUUAUUUUAAGAAUGUGACAUGUCAGAAUAAUAGUCAUGAUUUAUUUCAGAUUAGAUUUUUUUCAUCACAGUCCCAGUGGGUCAGAAUUUUACAUACACUCAAUUACUAUUUGGUAGCAUUGCCUUUAAAACUGUUUAACUUGGGUCAAACAUUUUGGGUAGUCUUCCACAAGCUUCCCACAAUAAGUUGAGUGAAUUUUGGCCCAUUCCUCCUGACAGAGCUGUUGUAACUGAGUCAGGUUUGUAGGCCUCCUUGCUCGCACAUACUUUUUCAGUUCUGCCCACAAAUGUUCUAUAGGAUUGAGGUGUUUUUUGAUUUGCAAGCCUCCCCCUUUUUCCUCCAAACAUAACAAUGGUCAUUAUGGCCAAACAGUUCUAUUUUUGUUUCAUCAGACCAGAGGACAUUUCUCCAAAAAGUAUGAUCUUUGUCCCCAUGUGCAGUUGCAAACCGUAGUCUGGCUUUUUUAUGGCAGUUUUGGAGCAGUGGCUUCUUCCUUGCUGAGCGGCCUUUCGGGUUAUGCCGAUAAAGGACUCAUUA